AUAAAUGAAUUAAGAAUCUAGAGGAAAACUAAGCGCAGGAAAGCAUGGGAGCAAUUGUAAAUCUAGUAGGAGGAGUUCCGUCAAUCCUAAGCAGGUCACGUCAUCGUUCCGUUGAUGAAAAAUGGAGUUGCUUACACCACAAACUCAAUACCAACCGAAGCAGAUUCACUUGCCUCUUCUCAGAUAACAACAAAAGAGAGGAUCAAGCUAGAAAAGCAUUAGAAGGUGCAUUAAGUGGGAAGAAAAUUGAGUUUGAGAAGUGGGACAAAGAAAUCAAAAGACGAGAAGAGCUGGGAGGUGGAGGUGACGGCGGUGGUGGUGGAGGAGGCUGGUUUGGGUGGGGUAGAUGGUUUGGCUGGUCUAAUGAUGAUAACUUUUGGCAAGAAGCAAAACAAGCUAGUCUUACUAUACUUGGCAUCGUUCUCAUAUAUCUCCUAGUUGCAAAAGGUGAUUUGAUCCUCGCUGCCAUCAUCAAUCCAUUGCUGUAUGCACUUCGGGGAGUGAGAAAUGGAUUUGGUCUCGCAACAACAAAAGUCUUGAAAAAUACUUCAAACGGUGAUCAGCCUGAUUUUGAUGGCUCUUUGAAGAAGGAAGGCUACAAAAGUGCUUCUGCUAAAGAGAGCGUUGUAAGAAAAUGGGGUAGUGAUUAGUAGAUUAUUUGUUUGUCACAGGUUAGGCACCAUUCCUUUUAGAGCAUAGUGUUAUUUAUAUUACCCCUCAUUGUUGGUUCUUCAUCACCUUAUUAUGCUCCAUGCUGUAUGUUAGUAAGGCGAUUAUUGUUGUAACCCAAAAAUGUUUUUUCUCCCCUUGGCAUCUGAGUGAUUAAUUUUGGUUUUCUCCGUGGUUA